AUGCCUCCUGCUUGGGCCUUCUGGUUUCGCCCGCAAGAAGCAGAAGGUGCAGUCGAUCACACGCGGACAGGUUCGGCACUUCAGGUGCUUGCACGUGUGUUGGAGGAGGCUAAGUGUUCGAACGAAGACAAUCUUCUGAAGAACCUACGGAGCUUGUCGACAUGUUCCUGGGUGCAGGAGUAUCCAACGUACAUCCUUCAUACUGGGCAUAUGGAGGGGGCGACCGAUGAAGAUCUUCUGAUGUGGAUGGACGUCGUUCGAACGGCAGCCCUUCCUGGAAUGGACCUCCGCUUCAUGGACGUCUCGGAUGCAUUCCAAAGGGUGAAGUUUGGAGAUGGGCAGGUGAAGUUAGAUCGCUUUGAUCUGCCGUGA